GGAGACAUCGAUCAUCUCCUCACAAACAACAGAUCUAACUUCACCUGCUUCUGUCUGAUUUGUGUGUGGUUCUCUCAGAAUGACUCACCAGUUCCCUUCCCUGUCUGCUGGGCAGAAGAAGAACCUGCAGGAGAUAGCCCUGCGCAUUGUGUCUCCAGGAAAGGGCAUCCUGGCUGCAGAUGAGUCUGUAGGUAGUAUUGCAAAGCGCCUGAGCCAGGUGGGCGUUGACAACACGGAGGAGAACCGCCGCAGGUACCGCCAGAUCCUCUUUAGCGCCGAUGACCGCAUCAACAGCUGUAUUGGUGGUGUCAUCUUCUUCCACGAGACGCUGUAUCAGUACUCUGAUGACGGUACCCCCUUCGUCAAGAUGAUUAAGGACAGGGGCAUCUUGAUCGGAAUUAAGGUUGACAAGGGGGUUGUGCCCCUUCCAGGGACGAAUGGGGAAACCACAACUCAGGGACUCGAUGGCCUGUCUGAGCGCUGUGCUCAGUAUAAAAAGGACGGGGCAGACUUUGCAAAGUGGCGUUGUGUCCUUAAGAUCAGUGACACAAAUCCUUCUAAACUGGCGAUUGAAGAAAAUGCCAAUGUCCUGGCACGCUAUUCAAGUAUUUGUCAGCAGCAUGGCAUUGUGCCAAUCAUCGAGCCAGAAAUUUUACCAGAUGGAGAUCAUGAUCUAAAACGCUGUCAGUAUGUCACAGAGAAGGUCCUUGCUGCGGUGUACAAGGCCAUGUCGGACCAUCAUGUGUACCUGGAGGGCACUCUGGUUAAACCCAACAUGGUAACCCCCGGCCACGGCUGCACCACCAAAUGCAGCCCGGAGGAGGUUGCCAUGGCCACAGUCACUGCCCUGCGCCGCACUGUCCCUCCUGCUGUGACUGGGGUGACAUUCCUUUCUGGUGGCCAGAGUGAGGAGGAGGCCUCUGUCCACCUAAAUGCUAUUAACAACUGCCCCCUGGUGAAGCCCUGGGCCCUCACCUUCUCCUACGGCCGAGCCCUACAAGCCUCUGCACUCAAAACCUGGCGUGGACAUAGAGAAAACGAGAACGCUGCCACCGAGCAGUUCAUCAAGAGAGCAGAGGUCAAUGGUCUGGCUGCUACGGGAAGGUACCUCCGUGGUGGAGAUGAGGACGGCCUGCAUGACUAUGGACCCAGUCAUGCAUACUGAGCAGCCAGUGAUGCCUACACAUUCCAGCUUUUGCCAACCAAUAGCAAGGUCCGAUUCCAGUAACGGCUGAGCUCUCACACACAGUUUUAUUCUGAGUCACAGCAUGGUAUAUAGAUCAUAACAAUGUAGUGUACUGUAGUUAACACUGUUGACUAUUAUGGGAUAGAAUUAGCCACUGGGAAUGUGUAUGAGUAGUUUUUCUGGCCUUGACUGUAGAACAAUCAACAGAUAGCCUUUGGGUAUUCAAGUGUUAUGUACAAGACGUGAUAUGGUUGCACUUGUAAUGGCAGUUAUA